AUGUGUUUGGCCCUGCAAUCCUAUUCCCGUAACAAUGACAUACCUUCUGAAUAUCAAGACAAAUUAGCGACACUCAUAGACCUUUAUCGUAUCCGCACCGCCCAGUGUCUAGUAAUAGCUGAUAUCACAAGACCUGCCUACUUGAUGAUAGAAACCAUGCUAUGUUACGCUUUCAUUGAGUAUGCAAAUGAACGAGAUGGUGAUAUGGGUACUUGGCUUUUAUCUGGGAAUAUUAUGCGUCUAGCCCUACAACAGGGAUAUCAUCGUGAUCCAGAUCAGCAUUCUCGUCUCAGCGUGUAUGAGGGCGAAAUGAGACGUCGUGUUUGGCUGAUUGUUACACAACAUGAGUUACUUUUCUCCAUUCAAAUCGGACUUCCAAAAUCUAUAAAGUUUGCUGAAUGCGAUACAAAAGAACCCCGCAACCUGCGCGUAGAAGAGCUUUCCGAACACAUGACCAUUCUCCCCCCAUCCCGGCCUGAUACUGAAAGCACACGCAAUUGUUACCAACGCGUCCAAUCUCGGAUUAUGCGUGCCUACGGCUAUGCCAUUGAAUUCCUCCACAUCGUCGAACCUCAACCAUAUACAGAAGUAAUCAAACUGGAUGAAAUGCUCAAACAAUACCACGAUCAAAUUCCCGCGCAUCUCCAACUCGGUACUCUUUCUCAAAUGACUCACGAGACCCCAUCCACUAUUGCCGAAAAAUUCCUUCUUCAAAAGCUCUACUAUAAAGCUACACUUCUUCUUCAUCGCAAAUAUUGGAACGCUACAAUACCUGGAAAUCCAGAUGAGUUCCGUUGGUAUUCAAGACGUAUGUGUGUACUAUCCUCCAUGGCUCUCCUGAAUAUCCAGGUCAGCAUGCACGAAGCGAGUCAACCGGGUGGAAUACUGAAGGACUUUAAAUGGUGGCAUUUUUCCAUGACAAAUCAUGAUUUUUUACUCGCAGCUAUGAUUAUGUGUUUAGAUUUGAAUACGAAUCAAAGAACAGACCCAAGGAGUGGUGGUAUGAGUUAUUGUUCUGUUGCUGAAAAGAAAAAAUUGGAGGCGUUGAUCAGGGCGAAAGAUAUUUGGAGGGAGGUUGAGGGGAAAUGUAAGGAUGCUAAAAGGGCAGUGGAUAUUUUAAGCAGUUUGAUUAAGAGGUUGACGGCAAAGGUGCAGAAUAAUGUUGUGUUGAAUGUGAAUCCGGAUUGUGUUAAACAGCCUCCUGUUGUUACGACUAUGAACCAGGCGGAUGCGGAAAUACUUGGUAAUUCGGUACCAACUUAUACAAAUAUCGCGGUUCCGGCAAUGUUUACGACCCAAGAUGACAGCUUCAAUGACAUAAGUAUGAUUCCAGAAAACAUGUUCGAUACAGGAGGGAUUUUUGGAACCUUUGGGGAACAAGUCGAUAUACCGGGAGACUUUGAUUGGGAUGCAUGGGAUCAAAUCACUAUAGGUCCGCAUGCUUUAGGACAAGAAAGGGAUUUGGAAAUGCGUGAAAAUUAUUGGCUGUAAUGAUGAUAUGCAUAUAGUUGCUAGCUCCGCGGAAUCAUGAUAAUCACAAACUUAGAUGGAUUUACUGGAAGUUUCUCUUUAUUCAUAUUAUCAAUAUAGAAUUUGCAACAGUUCUCCGUUUCCGUGCCUUUCAUAUAAGAACCGCAUGCUGAAAUCAAUCCGCUCUUUUCUUUCUCUAAUAACACACAAGAUUCUGGAU